GUUUUUUCGUCUUUAUGGCACAGGCGUUCGCGAGAACCUGACUUGAAUUCCAUACGCUCUUCUAUUUUCUUAUUAGCCGCUCCGGAAGUUUGAUGCACUGUUUGCCUGUAAAAAUCCCUUCGUUUUCUUUUCCGUGACACGACGACCGAUUUGGUUUUUCGGCCGCCAUCAUGCACGACUGCGAACACGGAGGUGAAAUGACAGCACGAGAGUUCUUGGUUCUUGUCACUGGUUUCUCUGUGCUGGCGCUCUGUGCGUUUCCGUCUCCGACAGGUCUUGCACGGAAAUAAAGGUGACGACGAUGCUGUGAAGAGAGAAGCAAGUUCUGCAUUCGGCCCGGUAGAACCAAGUGCUCGGCACCUUUGGUAGAAGUAAGUUGCGUUCUUCACAAGAAGUACAAACAUCGCGCCGUCAAGAACAUGGCGGACGAAUACGACCGGCAUACCGUCCAGGAGGAUCCUGGAGGACAGCAGGAGCAGGAUGUCGAACAACGGAUAUCCCAACCCGAGGAGUCGCCUGUCAGAAAAUCGCUGGAAGCGAAGAUGCAGGACGAGAAGCGGAACCUCGUGAACCGGCUGAAAUCCCUCCACCAUCGGUUCGUUUUUUGGUUUUGCGCCACCUUCGCGGUAAACCUUUCCGUUGCGAUUUUCACGCUUUUAAUCUGGUCCCACAUCGGCUACGGUGCCAGCAGCUACCGGUGGGCGAUGAAGCAAACGACGGUUGGGUUUUUCUUGUGGUACGGCGGGUUUUUCGUGUUAUUUCUACUCUACCUGUUGGACUUCUUCACAGCGCCUUACGUGACGAAACCCAGCCGGUCCGAGGUGCAAGCUCUCAUCGCGGAGGAGCGAGCAACCGGGACGAGCAGCAUACUGGAUGAAGAGGCACUGAAACAAGCGGCGGAGCUAGCGGAAAAGAACAAACAAGAAGCUCCUGCUGCUUCACCGCAAAUAUUACCCAGCGCGGCGCCACCAAUUCCAGAAGUGGUGGUCGAGGGCGAGCACAAGUCGGAGGCACCACCCGACAGCUCCGUUCCGGCGGUUCCCGCUGCAGCGCCCGCAACUAGUCCCCUGCCGUCUAUCGCAACGCCGAAGAUGGUCACGCUCGCCCCCCGGGAGGAGCCCCCCGCCCUUCCGAAUUCCGAGUCCACUUCGACCGUCCGGCAUCUGGUCUGGGGGAACAGACCCGGCGAGGUGAACGAGUACGGGACGUUUUUCCUGCGGUUUGUGUUCAUCAUAACCGGCUGCAUGGCGUUGUGUUGGGGCGUCACGGCAACAGCCAGGUAUCCGCACUACCCGGUCAUGAUCAUGCUCAUCAUGCUCGCGUUGCUGCAGGUCAUGGCCAGGUACAAGUUCCGACCGAAGCAGACCAAGCAGCACGACUUUGCGAAACGGCACAAGGGGCAGUCGGUGAUCCGCGUCAUUGCCUCGUCCAUCCACGACCCGCACCGAAGGUACGAGGCGGUGAUGGAGGUGUUAACCAGGCAUUUGCUCGUGGCGCACGACAAACUUUUGUACUACAAGGCUUUCGCGAUCUCCACGCUUCUCACCGCCAUGCUGGUUUUUAACAUUUGGCUCCAUUGGGCGUUUAUCGGCGAGAAGAAGUACUGGGGCGCGGAGGUGCGGGAGGAAAUGGUCGCAGACGGCGUGCAGCCGGAGGAAGAGUACGAUGUGACGGAGAAUCAGGCGUUUAACAUGCAGUUCAACAUCUGGGCGGCGCCGGUCCUGUUCUGCGUCGGCCUGGCGCUGCUGUUCGGGUUGCUGUCCCUGCGGGCGUAUCUGCACAUCCGGUACACGAAGACAGACGACCUGCUCACGGAGAUUUCCCGGUCGGUCGCCUCCGUGGACCACGAGCUCGGGGACAGCAUUCUGGGCGUCGGAAACAUGGACGCGUUGGUGGAGACGGUGAAAAUUUGCGUCUGCGGGUUGUUCGCCACCGCGUUGACGUUUUGGGUGGCGGCGGAGGUGGGGGUCGGGGCGAGCAGCUCGGCCUUGGACAUUUCCACCACGGUCCGGACGUUCAUCGCCGCGUUGCUCUUCGCUUUCGUGGUCAUCAUCGCCGCGACCAUGCGAAGAUUGUACGCCCAGAUGCUGGAGCACAUGUGGAAGAACCCCUUUCUGAAGAUCACGAUCUCCGCGCUGCAGUCCGACUGGCUGAAAGCGUUGUUCUUGCUUUUGUUCUGUAUCAAAUGCAAAAAUGUCUGGGUCUGGAAGAAUGUAUGUUUGUCAUGCUUGUCUGGCAUGACUCUUAAAUCUGUCAUGCAUGUUACCCAAGAGCCCCACUUUUCUGUCAUGCAGAAACGCAGUUUGUCAUGCAGAAACAGGCAACACCAAGAAGCUCAAAAACUUGUCAUGCUGGGCCAGCUCUUGUGGCCUCCUCAUGAUACGCCACCCAGCAUCACAAAUUUCCAGGCCCAGACAUCUUUGCAUUUGAUAUUCUGGUGGAUGCUGCCAUUUUACUACUUAAUCAGCGCGCUGAACAAGCUGGUGCGGGUAUCCUAUUUGAAAACGUCCCCACCCCAUAGUUGUAAUGCAAAUCUGCAUGCUGAAAAUGUUUCUUAUGCGGAGCCCCAUGAGAAGCAUUUUCUAAUCGUGUUUUGCAAUUUGUCAUGCUCCAACCAGCAUGGUAUGUUAGAUCUGUGAUGCUGCUUAGAUAGCUCAAACAGCACUACACUACGAGUCCAAAUUUGUCAUGCAAAACAGCCAAAGCUUGUGGAUUUGUGUAGCCGAUUCCCCAUCUUGACUAUGCUGUGGGGAUGUUUUUACUCAGGAUAGCGGGAUUGCCGAGGGGUGUCGGAUCAACAGUACUACGACCCUGAGAAGACGUUUUUCCUCCCGGACCCGUGGCACAGCAGGUGCACGAAAGCCUGCAGCGCGCAGCUCGGGCAUGUCGCGCAGUGGAACAAAACGAGCGUGAUAUCGAAGUAUUUAACAAAUGGAAAUAAUGUUUUUCAUGCUAGUUUUCUUUUCGUGUGGUUCUAUUUUGCCUUGCACCUGCUGCCUCUCGUGAUAGUUUGGCAUGAGCCUGACCCUUUCACGACGGUACAUUGAUAAAAAUCAAAACAGUGGACAAAAAUAACGCCUGUACUACUUCGAUCAGGGCCUACGUCUGGGCGCUCGCCGUGUUCACCCUCAACGUCGGCUGUACCAAGGGACUGAACCUCGGUCUGAUCGGUCUGGGCGAGGUUCUCAGCGGGAAGCCGGCGUACCAGAUCCUGAUUGUGUGGUACAUCGCCGGGUUGGUCGGGUUCUUGCUCCCCCCAGUCCCCGGCCCACCGGUUUAUCUCUUCGGCGGCUUGGUCGUCGUUGGCGCGUUUGAGAAGGAAUUUGAGGACCCGGAUACGGGGUUUUGGCUCGGGUUGGCAAUCACCUCCGUCGUCGCGUUGAUUCUAAAAUUGAACGCCUGCGCGAUGCAGCAGAAGUGUAUCGGGCAGCCCCUCGGGUCCUACAAGUUCAUCCGGGCCUUGGUCGGGGUGCACACACCGACCAUUCGGGCGAUAGAAGUGGUCUUGCGGCAGCCGGGGCUCACGUUCGGGAAGUGCGCGAUCCUUUGUGGAGGCCCGGACUGGCCGGUUAGUGUGCUGACAGGUACUUACUACUUAUGGGAGUUCUAGUACUCCGGCCAAACAAACUGCUUGUUCUCUGAUGCAUUGUACUUAGUUGAAGCCUGUAUCUGUAACUAUGAUACAUCUUUUUGCCCUCCUGUGACUGCGUGGGCGCGCAGGAGCAUGAGGAGAUUGAAGAUUUUCGCUGCAGCAGCCUCAUCACCAGACCAAAAUAACUAUCAAGGCAUCCUUCGGUGCCGGCUCAGCCAGAUGUUGCUGGGCACGUGUCCGAUCUUCAUCUUCGUCACCCCCACUGUGAUGACGGGCGCGUUUAAGAGAAAAACGGACAAAAUCUUCGUCACGCUCACGGCGUUGUUGCUCUUUUUCAGUGUCCUCCUCGCAUGCGCCAUGGGUGUCGCCGCGUGCUACGCAAUACAGGAAGUGCUGGACUCGCACGGUCCGCUCAUGACUGUUCCCUUAGAGGUGAACAAGGAGCUGCACUGGCUCGACUACAAGGCUGAGCAAAGGAACAAGUUCUACACCCAAGCGACCCAGUGGAGCAAGCUCGGACUGCCGACGAAAUUUGCGAUGCUCUUCGGCUUCCUUCUCAUGUCCGCGCAGGCGUACGUCUUCUUCUGGAUGGACGCCGACUGCUUCGGAAACUUGGAUGCCGUUCUGACGCAGGACAAAGACGCGGUGAGGCCAGCUGGCGUACCUCUCUACACGCUGUGGUGGAAGCUCGACGCGCCGGAAGGGCUGCUGAGUGAGUACAAAAUACAAGUGGUGAAGCGAGUCGGGCAGUACGCGCUACUCAGUCUAUUCCUCGGAACUUUGAUCUUCUGGGCCUACGGGAAAGUCCUGCAGCACUUGGCGGCGCCGGUACUAUUUUGGUGGUUGAGACUUGUGUCAGCUCUUGGUGGGUUUUACACGACAUUGAACGAGAGAAUUCUUUUGUUUUGCAACGCAAUUAAAAGUUGACGUUCGGGGGAUAAUGUUCGUCUUUCGCGAUGAUUGAUUCAAAUAAAAAACUUUUACAGCUGGUGGAAGCCUUCGAGAAGGACGUGGACAACCAGCGCGCGAAGUGGGAGAAGGAGCAGGAGAUGGUGCGCGACGAAAUCGAACGGGAAAUGGUCGAACUCUACCCCGAUGACUACGAACUCUACUUGGAGCACACCGGCAGGCCACGGUUGGAGCCGCAGCACCACGAGCAAUCCGACCAGGAGUGGGAGACAAAGAAAAAAUUGCAAUCCGACCAGGUCGUGGAGAGCGAAGGGCUGAGAAAAAGGGAGAUAGCGAACAACGCCGACAAUGUCAGAAUAUCCGACGGCAGCUGA